AUGGGCAAUCAAAAUGUCUGUCAUGGUGCCAUUGGUAAUGACAACAUUAAGGGUUUUUGUGAGGUCAUUAGCAAAAUGGUGAAAGAGAUUGGUGACUUGAAGACUGACCUCAACAUGAUAAAAAAGGCUACUAUGGGUGAGAAGGUUCUGUCUGAGAAUGUUAAAGAAUUAACGGUUGCUAUUAACAAGGCGAAAUCUAUUGAGGCUAUGGUUAGUAAAAUUAUGGAAAUGGAAAAGAAGGUGAAGGAGCUAGAAGGGAUCAGAGAUGAUAAGAGUCUGGAAACUAACCUAAAAAAUCUGGUCAAUAGAGUGGAUAGGAUGGAGCUUACUGGCCUAUCUAUCCCUGAAUGGACUCUACCUGAAAAGGGGUGGAUUAAGAUUAAUUUUGAUGGUGCAUCGAGGGGCAACCCAGGGGCUUCGGGUGUUGGGGUGAUUGUCCGCGAUGAUCGGGGCAACAUGCUGGCCAUUGGUGCUAAGAGAUUGGUGGAUGGAACGAACAACGUUGCUGAGUGUCAAGCAGCGUUAGAAGAAAUCCUAAUGGCUGGGAAAUUGGGGGUCAGGAAACUUCAUUUGGAAGGCGACUCUCAAGUUGUGGUGAAUGGGAUAGCUCGAGGUCGAAUGGAAGCAUGGUUUUUAGACAAGUAG